AAAAAAUUCUCCUCAUUUUUGGAAUACGCAGUAUGUAUUUGAUUUUGUAGUAAUAAACAAAGCUGAUUUUAGACGAGUCUGAAGCUGACAAAACAAUUGAUCGAAGCACAACGACGUUACAAUCGCUUCCCUAACCUUCUCUCUCUCUCCCUUUCCCCGAAUAAUUCGAACCAAAAAAGUAAAAUUUUCCUCCGAAUAAAUAUAUUCACGCACCAAACAGAAAACCAAAACAAAAAAAAAAACUUUGAACUUUGCUCCAAAGGAAAGCUCUCACCAAAAAAUCGCAAAGAAAGGAAUCUUUCUUCUUCUUCUUCCAAUCAAAUCAAUCAAUGGAGUUCCCUCCUCCGCCUCCUCCUCCUCCACCUCCGGAUAGAUCAAAACGCCUCCACAACUUCACCUUACCUUAUCUCCGAUGGGGUCAGCAAAGAUUCCUCAGGUGCGUCAAGCUACCUUCUUCCUCCUCCUCCUCUCCUUCUCCCGAUCGCGUCAAUCAUGGAUCUCCCGGAGGAGGAGGAGACUCUGCUCAGCCAAAGGUCUCAGCUUUAGCAAACGGAGGAGGCGAAGCAGUUAGGCCGUGGAAUCUGAGGACGAGGAGAGCUGCUUGUAACGAACCUGGUGGUGGAGAUGAGCCACUACCAACGACGACGCAUGAAAUUAACGGCGUUAAAGAUGGAGAUUCAUCAUCGCAGCAGAAACUGAAAUUCUCUGUUGCUUUGUUGAGAGAAGAGAUCGAAGAGGAUUUCACUGCCUUGAUUGGUAAAAAGCCUCCUCGUAGGCCCAAGAAGAGGCCCAGACUUGUUCAGAAGCAAAUGAAUACUCUGUUUCCGGGUUUGUGGUUAGCGGAAGAAGUAACUGAAGGCUCUUAUGACGUCCCUGAAGCUGCUGCUGAAACAUGAAAUCAAAAGGUGCUUUCUUCCAAAGACAUUCUUCUUUCUGUAUCAUCUUUUGUUUGUUUUUUCUAAUCUGUUCUGUUGUAAAAAAAGGAAGCAAAAGAAUGUAGUAAUGUCCACACCUCAGUUUUUUAGUAAAUGAAGCCAUUUUAUACUUUGGUUUCUUCUUCUAUUUGUAAAAGAGAGAGACAAACUGGUGUUUUUUUUCAUUACCAAAAGCUAAUUGUAAUCUCCAUGGCAAUGGAAUCUCCAGCUGUUUCUUUUUUUUUGUUUAAUCAAUAAAUGCAGCUCUCUGCAACUUUC